ACCAAAAUAAAACUCAAAAUAAUUUUUUGUAAUUUUACAAUUUUUGAACGGUUAUUAAUUACGCGGGAUGGCAGCGCUGACAUCAUGGCUGCUGAAUCCUGGCAUUUCAUUGGCCAAUUAAUUUCGUCCCCAUUUGUGCGCAUCUAACAUUCUUUCGUGGCGGUAAACUCUAUUCAAGUGAAUAUUUUCGUGCAAAAAUGUCUCAUUUAAUGAGAAUUUUGCGUGCUGAUGACCAAGUUCGCGAAUCUCAACAGUCCCGGGCCACCAGCACUCCUCGAGACAAUAAUUCUCCCAACUUCUCUUCCCCAAGCGUUUCCACCAUUCCAAGGGACGAAGAACCGAUGGAAGAUGGAGACAGUGACGAAAAUUGGACCAAAGGAACAAGCGAUGACGCGGAUUCAUCUCUUUGCGAAUCUCUUGCCGAAGUUUCAAUCAGCAGUCGUCAAACUGCGAAACGACUCAAAUGGGAGAACUUUUGGAGAUCGCUGAAACCGAAAAACACGCAGAGUCUGUAUUACAAAAUAAUGACCCAACCUGAGAAACUAGACAGCAUAACAGUUGAGCUGAUAGACACCUACAAGACUAAUAAAAAAUUUGCCAUUUUUUGCAUACUCCAGCUUUUUGUUGACCUGAGUGGUUAUAAAAAAUUAUCAAUCGGCGAAGUUUACGAUUUUGAGCGCGGAAAUUCGUAUAAUGUCGUCCAACGAAUGGAAUCUGACUUACUGGACGAAGAACUAAAAAAAACGGGAAAAUUCUUGUUUAUGAAACCAACAAGUUUUGUAAAAGACGCUGAACAUAUUUUUGCCCAGUUUUUAGACCAUUUAUUAAUCCAGGCAUUCAAGUCUCAAGUGUUAUUUGAUGAAGUUUUUGCAGCACACGUUUUCGAAUUCGUUAGGUGUAUGUGUUUAAGUCCAGUAAGUGGUCCCUGUGUUACUGGUCUUAUAACAGUAAUAAAUUUGAUAACGUCGUUUCUGAAACUGCACCAAAAUUUAAUUGCUUUAAGUGACGAAAUUGAUAGGAAUAGUUCCAGUGAAACGAUAUCAGUAAUACAAAGAAAAAUUGAAGACCAUAUUGAUUUUCUUUACUUCGUUUUUGAUAAACAUUGUUUGCUUUCUGAUAAAAGAGGGGCUUUGGUAAAAAUACGAUCAGCUCAAGAAACGUUCCAGUGGAUCCGUUUGUACCCUGAAACUUUCAUACUGAAACGUCGUUGUUUGGGGCCUUUAUUGAAAAUGACUCUUGACCAGCACGAAUUCGUCCGUUUGGCGGCUCUCAAAACUAUUGAAAAAUUGAUCCAUUGUCAGGAAAUUUCAGACGUCCUGAAGCAACGAAUUGAGAUGUGCUUGAAAUUUGCUUCCGGUCGCAUUGUCGACGUUAGUCCUCAAGUGGCUGUUAUGGCAAUACAUGUCUUCACCGUAGCCACAGAGAGCUACUUUGACAAAAUUACCACGGAACAUAAGAACAAAAUCAUUCAGGAGAUCUAUUUCAAAGAUGUAAUUUUGGGCAAAGCGGCUGGGGAAUUCCUAGUGGCUUAUCUUCAUCGUCCAAACACCACUGGGGAACACUUUUUGUUCUCACUUGUUCUAGCAGCAUUCUCAAAACCGGAGUUUGUAGAACAACUCCCAAUUUUUCUCGAAUCAGUUUUUGAAUUUGCCGAUGAAUUGAAAGACUGGCCGUUGUUUGUGCAAGUGUUUCUAAACGAUGAUAUUCGUUUAGGCGCCAAAACAGCCCUUCUUAAAAUUUUGAAUGAGUGUGUGAGGUUUGUCCUCACUGGAAAAUUCUCUUACUCCAGACAGGUCUCACAAGUUUUAGGACGGUGUGACGAUGAAGAGCAUAUUCAAAUAGCAAAUGCUAUAAUUCCUAAUUUCACGCAGUUGCUAAUACUGUUUCAAGCCGAGAAAGUGAGCUUGCAAAAAUUAAUUGAACUCUUGUCUUUUAUUGAUUAUAGUGUUUGUCGUGUUAAUGGCCUGAACGAUGAUUUCAGUAAAAUUUUUUCCAUAUUAAAAGAAAUGUUUAAAGCAACUGCUGAUCGAACCUUGCUCCAAAAUAUAACAAACGUGUUUGCUGUUUUCUGUGAACAGCGCCACUACUACAAGGCUACUCUUGUGGUUGAAAGUUUAAAAACAUGGAUCGAGUCAUUACCUGAAGAUUUGAACCAAAUGACUCCCGAUUGUGACAAAACGUUACUGAUACAAAUAAGAAACAAAUCGUUGAAAGCUUCCACUUUAUUUUCACGUUUUGAUUUGACAAAAGUUCUCCAAUGGCAAGACAUUUUCCCAGUCUUGGAAACUAACUUCUUCAAAGUGCUCAAAUAUUUGGUGGUUUGUUGCAAGUGGCACUUGAUUUGGCGUUUGCGCCAAUUUAUGCGACUGCCUAAAGACGAUAAUGGAAGUGAACCCAUCAGUCCUCUCCUCUACAACGACUGCAAAGAGUUUGUUUAUGAAUGUUUGAAAAUGUUCACACAAGAGAAGAGCAAUUCCGACUUAUUCUUGGUUUUGGAAACUUUGUGCGAUCUUUACACCGACUUUGAAAACGAACUCAAACGAAAACGUGAAUACUCUCAUUUUGUAAUUAAAAUUACUGAGCCCAGGAGUUUGGAAAUUUUAUUUAAUUUCGUAGUGCAGCACAUAAUUAACAAUAAAGAGAUGCCUUUGAAAGAACGCCAAAAACUGCUAAGGAAAGUUAUCAAUCUUUUGUAUCUGGAUGUAAUUCCUUGUGAAUAUUUUUCGAAGAUAUUACGUUUCUAUCACACGCACAACAACGAGUUUGGUUAUUUAAUGGACCACAUAUUUGGUCAAUUAAAAAUAACCCCUCCAGCGUUGCCUCUAAUAGUAAUGCAUACAUUGGCAGAAAUUUAUCAGGAAAUUUUGGAGAAACGCCAAAUUGUUGAUCUUCGGACUGAAGAAACAAAAUUUUUAAAGAAAUUGGCUAAAAAGUUCGCUUCUGUUAAAGAAAUGAGAUCGAAUCAGGAUAUUCUCAAAUUUAUUAUCAUGGCCCUAAAUUUCACCUGCAGAACUGAACAACAUUAUCCUUUUCUGAGUUUCGCAAAAUAUUUUGCAAAACAUUUAAAUGAAGAUGGGAAAAGCGAUGCGUACGAAAUAUUCAGGAAAUCGGUUCCCAAAGAAGCAGAAAAGAAUGAGAUAUUUUUGCUUUUCGCAAAAACUCUCAAGUAGAUAAGUUUUUUAACAAAAUAAAUAUUCGUCUUGUUUGAAAUAUUAAAUGUAAUUGUUAGCGUUAAAAGAGUUUAAAAAUUUGUUACGACUUCGUCACUUAA